AUGGCCAAGGUUUUUCAGAGGGGGCAUAGAUACAAUAAAGCCCGUCAAUUCAUGAGAUUUGUUAUACCAACCCUUAUCUUGUUGUUAGCAGGGUUCAACCUUGUAACAUCAAGUGAUAAGGGUUUGGAAUCGUUCUUUGGUGGUAAGCAUUCUGGCAAGAGAAAUGUUAUUUUCUUUGUUACUGAUGGUAUGGGCCCCACAUCAUUAUCAUUAACGAGAUCCUUUAGACAAUACGUUCACGAAUUGGCUUAUAACGAUGUUCUAGUGUUAGAUCAACAUCUAAUUGGUUCUUCGAGAACAAGAGCUUCUGAUUCACUAGUGACUGAUUCUGCUGCUGGAGCAACUGCAUUUGCUUGUGCAUUGAAAUCUUAUAACGGUGCCAUUGGAGUCGAUUCUGAUAAGGUUCCAUGUGGCACUAUAUUAGAAGGUGCUAAAUUAGCCGGUUAUCAUACCGGAUUAGUGGUAACUACAAGAAUCACAGAUGCUACACCAGGUGCCUUUAGUGCACAUGUCGAUUUUAGAAGCCAAGAGGACUUAAUUGCCGAACAACAAUUGGGCGAAUAUCCAUUGGGCAGGCAGGUAGAUCUAAUGAUCGGUGGCGGACGUACCCAUUUCUAUUCAAGUAACAGUGAUCCUAAGUAUGGCGAUAGGGGUAGUCGUAAAGAUGGUAAGAAUUUAAUUUCUAAAGCUGAAAAAGAUGGUUGGCAAUAUGUUGGUAAUCGUGAACAAUUCGAUCAAUUGCAAUUGGGUCAAAACGUCUCAUUACCACUAUUAGCCUUGUUAGCGGACCAUGACAUUCCAUUCGACCUAGACCGUAAAGACGAAGAAUACCCAUCUUUGGAAGAAGAAACCAUUACCGCUAUUAAUGCAUUGAACGAAGCUACCAAGGAUUCUGAUAAAGGAUUUUUCCUACUAGUAGAAGGCUCAAGGAUUGAUCAUGCUGGUCAUCAGAACGAUCCCUCUGCACAAGUUAGAGAAGUGCUAGCCUUUGACCGUGCAUUCCAAGCUGCUAAAAAAUUAGCAGACAAAAGUCAAGUGGAAACCAUUUUAAUUUCAACAUCUGAUCAUGAGACUGGUGGAUUAGCUGCCUCUAGACAAAUUACUAAAUCAUACCCGGAUUACGUUUGGUAUCCAGAAGUUCUUUCCAAUGCACAACACUCUGGUGAAUACUGUUCCAAACAAAUUGAAGGCUACAAGGGAGAUGACAAAAAAUCGUUUGUCCAACAUGAAGUGUUAGAGAAAAUGCUUGAAAUUCAUGAUUAUACCGAUAGUGAUGUUGAUUAUUUAAUUAACGAAAAAGAUAGAAAUUCUAUCCAAGAUAAAUUAAACGAUAUGAUUUCAUUUAGAGCUGAAAUUGGCUGGUCAACCCAUGGACAUAGUGCAGUUGAUGUUAACAUCUAUGCCUACAGCAACCGUAAGAAGGCUCUAGAUGAAAUUAAAGAUUAUUUACAGGGGAACCAUGAAAAUACAGAAAUCGGUGAUUAUAUGGCUCGCUAUUUGAACAUUGACCUUGCUCAAGUGACUAAAGAAAUUCGUGAUACUAAACAUUCUCCAGGUAAAAAAUUUACUGCGAAAGUAUUCGAUGAGUACGGACACAAGGUCGGCGGUUUGGAAUAA